GCCUUUCUUCACUGACAGCUCGCCCAUCCUUACACUAAGGUAGACUGCGUAAAACAUAACGUAAACACCUCGUUUACGGUGAUUGAGUGGAGUAACUGCAGUUGAGAAUUACCGUGGGAUGCUGUCAGAAGCUGGCCAUUUAAAUAUCUGCGCAGUGUCUGAUACUGGGGUCAUUAAGCCGAUAACACCGAGUUGGUUAGGGGGAGAUCAGAGGAGCAGAUCGGCCUAACGAUGAUCAAACAGGAGGAAGAGGAAACAUCGGUGGGUGAUAGAGACUUGCAGCUCCGCUGCCGCUAUGACGAUCUGUGCGGUAGUCUGAAUAUGGACGAGCGAGCUCGGGUAGAGGCCUGGGAUAUAUACCGGGGAACUAGGGACAGCUACACCCUAGAGGGCAAUGAGCUGCACUGGUUGGCAUGUGCUUUAUACGUGGCUUGCAGAAAAACCCUACCAACAGUGGGCAGAGGGACAGUGGAAGGGAAUUAUGUUUCUUUGACAAGAAUCCUGCGGUCAUCAGAAUUGAGUCUGAUUGAGUUUUUUAACAAAAUGAAGAAGUGGGAAGACAUGGCCAAUCUUCCAAUUGACUUUCGCCAAAAGACCCAAAAGCUAGAGCGCAAUUUUACAGUUUCCGCUGUGCUUUUCAAGAAAUAUGAGACAAUAUUUCAAGAGGUCUUCAAGAGCAUGCAGGAAGAGCAGCCUCGGCAACACAGAGGGAGAAAACAAAGGCGUCAGCCUUGUACUGUGUCCGAAGUGUUCAGAUUCUGUUGGGUGCUCUUCAUCCAUGCUAAAGGUAACUUUCCCAUGAUCAGCGAUGACUUGGUCAAUUCUUACCAUUUGCUUCUCUGUGCUUUGGACCUAAUGUAUGGAAAUGCCCUUCAAUGCCCUAACCGCCGGGAGCUCCUGAACCCAGAAUUCAAAGCUCUACCUGAGGAUUUUGGAAGUAAAGACUAUAAACCUCCUACAGAACCUCCCUGUAUUAUUGAAACACUUUGUAGCCUCCACUAUGGCCUGAUAUUGGAAGCAAAGGGGAUAAAAGAGCAUUUCUGGAAACCAUACAUCAGGAAACUGUUUGACAAAAAGCUGCUGAAGGGAAAGUCGGAUACUCUUGUUGGAUUUUUAGAACCAGCCAAUUUUGCUGAUUGUGUGAAAGCAGUUAACAAUGCCUAUGAGGCACAUGUCCUCUCAGUUGGAAGUCUGGAUGAGAGAAUUUUUCUGGAGGAUGCAGAUGAGGAAAUAAAGAGUUUAGGUUGCUAUCUGAUCCCAGCGUCUAUAAUGGAGUCUUCAGAGAGAGCACAGGUGACUUCGAGUCUACAGCAGCACUUUGAUAGGCAGAAAUCAGGCCGGAUUUCAACUCCACUAACUGGGGUGACAUGCACAAGGGAGAGCAAUCCAUUCACAACACCUUUGUCAUGCGCUACCUACAGAAUUAGCCGUCUUCUCUCUAUCCUGACUGGGCUUAAACCAGCUCCCAGUGAAAGACUGCUCAAGAUACUAAGGUCAUGCAGCAGAAAUCCCUCACAAGCUAUUGCUGGGUGGCUGAAAGAAAUGUUUAAUAUUUUCUGUGAACACAUAACAUCCGAUGGAGCUGACAGUCAGUCUUGCAAAGACCUUGCUGCCAAAUAUUUCAGGAUUGCAGAGAUGUUGUAUUAUAAAGCCCUGGAAUCCAUUAUUGAACAAGAGAAAAAACGCCUGGGAGACGUGGAUUUAUCUAUGGUUCUUGAGCAAGAGGUUUUUCAUAAGUCCCUGUUGUCUUGCUGCCUUGAAAUCACCAUCUUUUCCUACAAGCCACAUGGGAACUUCCCUCAGAUUAUUCAAAUGUUUGACCUAGCACCUUAUCAUUUUUAUAAGUUAAUUGAAGUCCUCAUUAAGGCUGAAGAAGGUUUAUGCCGUGAUGUGGUAAAGCACCUUCAUCUUAUUGAAGAACAGGUGUUGGAUAGUAUGGCUUGGUCAUAUGACUCCCCGCUAUGGGACAAAAUUAAAGAAAACGAUGGUAAAGUCCCAACUUGUGAAGAGGUGAUUCCACCCCAACAUUUUGAGAAACCUACCAUGGCUGAAUCUUCUGCCCCUCUAACCCCAAGAAGGGUGAAUGAGAUCCGUGUAGAUGCCUCUGGUUUUGGGAAGGGUAACACCACCUCUCCCACCUCCCUGUAUGAACGAUACAGUUCCCCUGCAGCCGGCACCGCCUGCAGACGGCUUUUCAAGGACACAGAAAGCCCAGCUGAUUCCAGGAGCUCCUCUCAGUCUUCUCCGCAUGCCCCUGCUGAUGCUGUGGGUACUGCAGCCGUGCCUGGGCAGACAUUAGUAACCAUCCCUAUGCAAGGUAUUGACAAUGAGAGUGGCAGGAUCACCUUACUGGUACAGGUAAACAUGAGUGGUCAGACUCAUGGUGUGUCAAGCUCGCUACAGCCUCUCUCUGCCCAAGCAUUGACCGGACCUCUGAACACUCAGCAGAUGCAGGUCACAGGGCAGGUCACCACUGUGCCUCAGAACCCACCAUCUCCUGACCAAAAGGCCAAGCAAAGCUCAGCCAGCAGUAAGCUGAAGAAGGCUGGCUCCUUGUCGCUCUUCACCAGAAAGGUUUAUAAUCUUGCCAGCACCCGUCUCCGUGAUCUCUGCCAGAAGCUGGAUAUUGCUGAUGAGCUGCGCAAAAAGAUCUGGACUUGCUUUGAAUACUCCCUUGUCCAUUGCCCUGAUCUUAUGAAGGAUCGUCACUUAGAUCAGCUCAUAAUGUGUGCUGUGUAUGUUAUGGCUAAGGUGACUAAAGAAGAUAAAACAUUUACCAACAUUAUGAAAUGUUAUCGCACACAGCCUCACGCCAAGAGUGAUGUUUAUAGAAAUGUCCUCUUAAAGAGGCAGAGGAGACAUUCUGGGAGCAGCGAUUGCCAGACGGACUCUCCAACAGACAGCCACAAAGAUCUCAGCAGCAGUGAGUUCACUCCCAUAAUGAGAUCUAGCAGCACAUUACCCAUAACACCACACCGAACAUCCCCGCAGACUACUAAAGGAGUGACUGCAGCCAACAGUGAUGUGGAUGAAAAAGAGAGGGGCGAUCUUGUUCAGUUCUACAAUAAUAUUUACACCGAGAAAAUCAAAACCUUUGCCAUGAGAUACUCUCAGACUAAUUCUAAUGAAACUACGCCGUUGUCUCCUUACCCAUCAAUAAGGGUCUCGUCUCCACGCCGCAUACAGCUGUCACCUAGUUAUCCCAUUUACAUUUCUCCUCACAGUGAUGAUGCCGGCAUAACGCCCCGUGAAAAAGUCUGCUAUUUUUUCAACCUUAGUCCUGCAAAGAGGCUACGAGAGAUUAACAGCAUGAUUAGAACUGGGGAGACUCCAACUAAGAAGCGUGGAAUUGUUCUAGACGAGGGAAGUGAUUCACCGGCCAAGAGAAUGUGCCCAGAAAACCACACUGCUCUUUACAGAAGGUUGCAAGAUGUGGCCAAUGACCGGGAAAGUCGCUGAAAGUGGGGUCAUGGACUGGCGAACAAAAUAUUCUUGUAAAUAUUAUAUAUGUGGUCCAGGUUUCUGACUCCUCUUGUGCCAGACGGGCUUGGCAUUCAUUACAGGCCUUUAUGGCAGUGAAGUGUGCAGAUUACGGGCUGAGGAUAAUUCAGUUUGAAGAAGAAGUGCAAUCCCAGUUAGGUUAAAAACUAUAUCUACUAUCUACUGACACAAAUAUUGCAUUAUGUUCAGUGUGAUAAACAUGGCUAUCAAUGCUGAAACAUUUCCAGGUGAUGUGUGAAAGGAAGCUGAACUCAAAAACAAGCAAUAAAAUGGGGAGAUUGAUGACUUUUUUCUAAACACACAGGACUCAAUGAUAAAAGCAUAGUAGUAAUGGUGAUAUUGUAAAAAGGGAUCCAACUUGUGAUCGAGAUUGCUGGUGAAAUGUUAAAAAAAACAGUCUUGCGGAAUUUUAAAAGCAGCACUGCCACUUACAUUGAAGGUGUAAUGUAAAUGAUCCCUUUAGACAGUAUUGAAUGGUAAUACAAUUUACAUAAACAGAAACUUAAUCCCUUUUGUUACAAUACAAUAGUGAAACUAGGGCAUGACUAAAAAACCUAUAGGAGCUGGGGAAUUCUGGGUAUAUUGUACAUAUGUAUACAAUGUAUUAUUUAUAUGUAUUCAAUUGUAAAAUGCUAUAUGUAAUUUUAAGUCUCUGGAUUUUAAAAAUAAUCGUUUUUUUUUUUUUACUUUUUAGUGUGUUUGUUUCUCUUUUUUAGGAAGAAUAUUCCAUGUUUGGAAUAUUAUUUUAUAAAAGACAGUAGCCACAGCUUACUAGUUCUACCAAAGUUAGCGCUGCGGAAUCUGUUGGCGCUCUACAAAUAACCGAUAAUAAUAAAUAAUAAUAAUAAUAAAAGUGUGUAUUUUUUAAAGUGAUGGUAAAUUUAGUGUAGGUAGAGACCAGUAUAUUAAAGUAUGUAAUCUGUAAAUAUAAUAAAUCCCAAAGAAGAAGCAGAAAAGUUAUUUAAAACAUGUAUUUUACAGACUUGAGUAUCAAAGGUGCACAUGUGCAUUUGGUAUUGCUUGCCGUGAUGAAGUAAGUAAUUAUUGAAUUGCUUUGAUAUGCAAGUCCGUUACCUCCCUAGUAGAGGCUGGGAGCACAGAUCUACAACCUUUUAUGGGCCGACCGGCAUAGCUUCUUAUUGGCUGUAGCGCCCUCCUGUGACUUUCUGGAAAAAAAAACAGUGAAGGGAGUGGCCAGCUGCUAGUGACAUAAUAAAGUCUGAGGUAAAAUAAAUGUCUUAAAUAACUUUUCUGCUUCUGCAUUUAGGUGUAUUACAUUUACAGAUUACGUACUUUAAUGGCCUCUACUUUCACUAAAUUUACCAUCACUUUAACUUUACACUGUGCAAAACAUGAUUUUUGGAAUUGGUAGGUUUUUUAAUAUUUUAUUUUGAUUGCUGAUAUAAGUUCUCACUGUUCUGAAUAUGUUAUAAUAUUGCGACCAGAAAGUAAAAAAAUGUGUUAUUCAUUUAGAACACAUUUGUUACAGUGCAGUCGCAAUAUUAUAAGUAAAAUAUGUUCAGAACAGUCGAUUCCAAAGAACACGAUUUUUAAAAUCACCACAAUUUUUAAAAUACAUAUUAUUGUAGCAUUUUACAUUUUAAUAAAUAUAAAUAAAACAUAUUCACAUGUAUAAUAUACCCAUACCGCACAGCUUCUAUAGGUUUAAUAGUAAGAUGUAAUGAAUAUAUAGGUGUUCCGUGGGAGUUUCAUGGGAGUUGUCUGUAUUUUAUUGGGGCAACAUCACAGUGAGUUUCUAAUUUUAAACGGAAUAUCCUCCAUCUUAGAUGGCCUUUUUCAGCCAUACAAGCUUUUUAUUGGCAAGCUUUUUAAUUGUAAGAAAUGUACUGAAUGUACAGUGAAACUUAUUUUACAAAUGCAGACAGAAAGAGAACACAGGACCUUACUAGGUGGGAUCAGACUAAUAUACUUCAGGAACGUUCUCCUCUGUGAAAAGCCCAAUUAGGCUAAAAGAGGCUGCUCCUGGGUGGUAACGCCAUAGAAUAAGGUACUGAGCUGUUGUUUGUUCUUUCUGUAUGAAACUUCAUUUACAUAUGCAUUCUUUGAACUUUUACUACACACUAACCAUUUUUUGUUUUAGCGAAUGCACAGUCUACGUUAUGUAAACAUACUUUGAAUACACGCCAACCCCUGCCAAGAUCAUUGGCCAUGUUGGCAGACUUUUUCCUGAAACUGCGAUCUCGAUUAUUUCCUAUGGAAUGCACAUUGCCACUCAUUGGAACAGAGAGGGUCGGCCCAUAUUUUUAUAAAAUCUCACCAGAGCCACGGUUUGCGAAACUGGCAAACCAAAAAAGGCAAUUUCUCGUCGGUCUGACAAUCCUUUUAUCAUCAAGCCCACAGUCUGUGUAAUAUCUGUAUUAUAUAUCUCCCCUUACAGAUUACCCAGUCCCCAUUUAUCACCCCUUUUUAAAGCUUUUUUCCCCCCUCAGCCCUCACCCCUAAUUGGGAUUGCACUUUUUUAAUUGUAUAGUUAUAUGAAAACUGCCAUACUAUGAUGUUUUUCUCUAUUUAAAAACUUAACAUAUUCUAAUUAUUUCUACAAAAAACAACAUGUAUUUUAGGUAUGAUUGUGCUGUUUUUUUUCCUACCUCCUUUAUCAUGAUUACAUCUGUGGGGUAGUUUCUAUUUUAAUUAAAUUGAAUUUGGGAUAAACAUGCCCUCCAAUAUGA